GAAGAUAAAUGUCUGGAAAUUCUAACCCUUUUCAAACGCCAACUUACAAGACCCCAAACCUUCUCCUCCCUUUAAUCACGAUUCCUUUUCGGCCCUAACCUUUGAAUUUAUUCUCACUCGUUUCAGAUGGAUCGAGAAAAUUUAAGAACGAUCCAACAACUUCAACUUCAGCAAGAUUGUUCGUAAGGAACUUGAUUGUUGUUGUCCAUUUUGUCUGGAAAAAUGGCGCUGCGCCCGCUACCUGUUUGUGAAAAUGCCUGAGUGAAGUUAUGAACAUUUGAUAUAAAUGAUGAUAUCUCUCAAGGACUUGGUGCCAGCAGCCCAGAACAAUGUGAACACACAAUUCAUAGUAUUAGAGAAAGGCAUGACAACAAUGGAAGGACAAAACAAGACAUGCCAAUCACUUGUGGCGGACGAAACAGCAGCAGUUCAUUUCCAGCUAUGGGGAGAAGAGUGCGAUGUCGUUGAGCCGAGCGACAUCCUACGCUUGACGAAUGGGAUAUUUUCCUACAGCCGAAACAGUAAUCUGGUACUGAGGGCAGGGAAGAGAGGGAAGAUAGAGAAGGUGGGAGAGUUUAACAUGGUGUUUGUAGAGACACCGAAUAUGAGCGAGAUCCAUUGGGUUCCCGACACGACUAACUCGAAAAAGUACGUGAAGGAAUCCGUUCUAUCUCCAUAUUCUCGCAUCUUUCCGCCAAUCCGUUGAUUUGAGUGAAUGGGUUAUUCAAGUAAUGCAAGAAAAGGUCAAGAAAAGAGUAGAUUUUGAAGAUGCAAUAGACACUAUGCUACACAAACAUUAUGGUCAUUGUUGCAUUUAACUUACUUUUGCCUAGUUUACUUUUGCUUUGGAAAGCAUUUGAGGAAGAGAACAUAUAGAACAACAUGAUCUAAGUAAGCUUUCAUUGGUAUGAAGUUGAACCUUGAACUCCGUGGUCUUUGUAACGACCCGAA